GGGGUAGUUCUUGGAAGUAAAGUAAAUAACAUACAUCAGGUUUGUGCAGUUGAGCUCUUGGUGUCAUUUGAAUGUUAUCUUUGAAAGCACAGACAUGGAAUGGGAAGAAAUAUGCAAGACGGUCCUUGUGUCUGCAGGAGCUGGUGGAACUGUGAUUCUGACUCCUGCCAUUCUGGCUUCACUGGGGUUCACUUCAGCUGGAAUAGCAGCAGGCUCCAUCGCUGCCAAACUGAUGUCAUAUUUGGCAAUCGCUAGUGGAGGUGGAGUUGUAGCAGGAGGUCUCAUAGCAACCUUGCAGUCCUGGGGUGCAGCAGGUUUGUCAUGGGCUGCCACUGCAUUAUUUGGCAGUUUUGGCGGAGCAGCGGCUUGGGUGCUCUCAACUGUGUGUAACGUGACUGUAGUUUAUGAAGAUUAACACGUUAAAAGACAGAAACUGACCUACAAAUGUUUUCUCCUGUGACAAAUUUUAAUCGCCUGGAUGAAACGUUAUUCUUAUGUGUGAAUGUCGAACACUGAGAUUAAAGCAUAUUUUGAGAAUUAAGUUACAAAAAUGGUUCAUAAAAAUUUCAUUCAGAUUUUAUCCAUCAUUAAAAACAAAAACAAAAAACAACUGAUAUGGUGCCUUUAUUCUCUUCAUUAAUUCAAUGUGAAAAUUAAAAGUCAUGCAAAAAUAAGUGUUUCCUUGCUUUUAUUGUAAACAACUUAAUGUAAAGCACAGUAACAAUAUCAUAUGUUUCUAUAGUCCAUAAAUCUAUCACUCUUACAGAGCCACAACUCUGACGGGAGACUAUGUAGGACAGGGGUGUCAAACUCCAGUCCUUGAGGGCCGGUGUCCUGAAACUUUUCCAUGUGUCCCUGAUGCAACACACCUGAAUAUAACUGACUGUAUGCUCAAGUAAAUUUGACUAAAAUUGACUUACUGUUUCCCCAACCUCUGAGAGUAUCAUAGGUGUUGGCUGCACUUAGUGAAAAUCUAUCAGCAUUUUGGAAACUGUUACACAAGACAGCUGAAAGAAAAUGCCACAAACAAAUCAACAAAACAGAUGUUCAGUAAUCUUUCAUUGUUAUCUUGGUCUCCUGGUGAUGAUGAUAAUCUGUGAGGUGACAUUAAAAUGGCCAGUCUUCAUUUUAACUGUAAACUGAAAGAGAGAGAAAAACUAAAGAGAUGCCAGUUAUGUUCAGUUCUCACUGCACCCUUAAACCUGCCUUAUCUGUAUUCCAUCUUUAAAGCUGUCUCGUCCUUGUAUUGAUGGCUAAUAGUACAAUUAGUUGCAAUAAUGCUUUAAUACAAUAUUAUAACUGAGAUCACCUAAAGU